CUGAGUGUUUGCAUUCAUAAAAACGACCACGCAAUAGAGUUGAAGAUGAAAGCAAACGCUUAGGAUUAGGAAAAGUGAAGGACGAUGAAUACUAGCAAUAGUUCGUGACUCGGCCGCAUCAAACGAGUUGGUGUACAAAAAUGACAAUGAUCUUGCGCCAGACCCAGAGAUUGGGGCGCAGCUUCGCGGACGAAGAGCACAGCGGCGGCGGCAACCAGCAACAAGCGGAGCACCAACAGAAUGAAAAGCAACGACUCCAGAAACAUUCUCAUUCACGGAUAGCUUUUGCCUCGUCGACCUGUUCGCUGCAGCAGUAUCGCCGAGCAAGAAGACCACGAGGAAAAAUGCGGCGGCAGCUGACCGUAGUUUCCACCGCGCUGCUGCAGCUCCUUCUCCUCGUUUGUGACUACAGACUUUUUAACAUCUUGAACAGUUCUGAGGACCACUACGUGAAGACUCUCUACUCCGUCAGGCACGGGAUGCUGCUCAACGAAAUUCUUACGACCACCCAGAAUAACAUCAGCGUCGUGUCUUUAUUCACGCGAAACGAAGAAACGAACACAGUGUCUACUUCAAGGGCAUCAACUAUCGCAGUGAACGCAAUCACCUUGUCCUCCUCGACCAGCGCUAACCCAGCAGCUGUUGACAGCGCCACUGUAGUGAACACGGACGACAACAUCAGGAACGCGAUAGGUCUCGAUGAGCCGCCGGCUGGAGUAGCAGAUGAAGUAACACUACCAGUACCAGAGCAAAAAUCUAGCGAAAUCGGUGUUGUUCGAGAUGGUGUUUAUAAUCUCGGCGAUGAACAACAACAAGAGAGAAACCAAAACCAAAUAUUACCACGAGCUGCAGAAGACGAGUCCACAGCUUCCCUCUCAUCAACUGGGAGCCGCGAUCUCGCUGACAAAGACCCCGAAAACGACCUCCGAACCAGUACGAAAACCCUCCGCUUGGAUUUGGUGGAGAAGAACAACCUUCUGGAUCUCGGGGGAAACAUCAAAAGCGAAAACUGGUUUGACGAACGGGACAAGAAGCUAGAAAAGAAAAAUCAAGAAGAACUGAAGCGGAGAACGAGAAAAAGGGGGAAAAACGAUCUCUGGGACGUGAAGUUUUCGGAGGUGGAGAAGAAAGUUUUAGCGGGAGCGUUUGCAGACGCGGAGGCGGAGGAGCGAAUGGGAAAUGAAAAUGCUAAUACAGCAGGUGGAAGAAAGACAAAUUCAAAUACCGCAUCAACCAGCAGAAGUGAAAACUCUUUGUCUCUGUCCACUUCGGAGUCCGCACUGUCCCAGCCGAACGUUGCUACGCAGAAUGCAGUCGCGCAUACCAACGAAAUGUACACGCACGAGCUCAGAGGGUAUUGACAUGCUUUGUGGUUGGAUGGAUUUUUUAUUCUUUCUUUACUGCAGUCGCAGCGCCAGUAUUCCGCAUAGAUUCAGAUGGCGAACAAGAACGAGAAAAAACAAAUUGUUUUGAAACCGUACAACGCGUAACAGAAAUAAAAAGAUCAUCUACAACCUCACAGCUACACCAUCAAGAGAACGGGGACGGGGUCAGGCCUCGAUAACGCGGCCAUGGUGCGGGCCUAUCCGAAUGAAGUUUUUGAAUGGUUGGGUUGUUGUAAAGGUAGACGACAAAGAUCGCGCUCGGCGUCAUAAUCAUAAAACUAAAAGGUUACGGUUCAGUUUGUAUGUAUCCUAUCUAUCCAGUGGAGCACUCAACUAGCACGCGCAUGUUGAAAUAAAUGAGCAAGCGCAUGAUGCUCUUCAACAUGUUGAUCAUUCAAUCCGGCGCAAGAUGAACACUCAACAAACUUUUUUUCCUUGCAUCCAUCCCAGCUUUACUACUCGCAAACUUUCGGUUGCCAAGGGCAGCAAGAGUUUGCCAUCGAAAAAGGCACGUUUGACGGCGUGAGCGACCUGUGCGGCUGCCAGUGCCCGGCUGGCGUCACGGGUACGGUGUGUCCCUGCGGCACGGUGCGGGACUGCGCUUGGUUGUGCGAGAACAGCGAAAACUGCAACGCGUUCAUCACUCUGGGGAGUGCGGACCAGAGCCCAGCCAAGCAUGCCAACACGACGAAGCUCCGGAGCACGGGGGGAUCGAACACCACGACCUAUCCGAUUCCGGAGGACAUCAACGUGGGCGGCUGCGUGCUGCUGCGGUACGAAGACCACACGGAUGAAUUCGAUUUUCAGCAGAUGCUCCAGGUGCACCAGCUGGGCGGGUACCCGAAAAUCUGCGACCCCUACGACAAGCCCGGGGAGUGGGCGUGCUUGUUCAGUAGAAAUGUUUUCUUUUGAUGCUUUUGUACCUGAACUUGAUGCGUCACAAUAGACGAGCUGAAAUGAUGAAUCUUCACGAGUGCAGCUGCUUUCCUCGGGCUGCAUAAGCAGAACGAACCAAGCUUCGUGUGUUGAAGGUGAUUUCAUCCACUACGCAAAAAUAUUACCACACCAAAAACAAACAGAGCUGUAUUCCGUCGAGACCUACCACGACGCGCUCUACAACCAAAGGUGCGGUAAGCACGGCAGCGCGCCCAUCGUCACCCCCGGUCAGUGCGAUAUCGCGGGCCUGCGUAUGAAGCUGUUUACGGGGAAAAAUGACGUCACGAACCUGGCCGACGACAUUCACCUGAACAUGACGAUGGUCUACGCGGAGGACUACCUGGAAUUUUGCUCCGUUUUGGGCGAUAAGGACGCGCCCCCGGAAGAGAGCCACAUGAUUUUUAACCCGCACUUCAAGUGGCCGGGCUCGAAUGUCUUCUCCACGAAUUUCGGAUCCCGGCUGGUCUGCUACGACAACGACUACCAAAUCGAAUUUCUCGUGGUGCUAUGCAAUACAAAUUUUCUGCACAUGUACAAAAUGCAUCGCAAUGAAUUUCACCAACUUAGAAGAAGAAAUGUGUCACGCUGGUGCUAA